AUGGAUGCAUCGGGAAAACCGGAUUAUUGGCAUCAACAAGAUGUUAAUCCACCAACAAAACCACAUUUAAAACUACCUGUUAAUACCCAAGUGACAUCUCAUUAUGAUGGAGGAGUUCAUUAUUGCACUGGGAUAAAUGGUAGUAUUAAUCAAUUAAAACGUACUUAUUCAGGAUCAGAUCAAUCAGCUUCACCAUUAAAAAAACGUCCAUUUAUUCAACAAGUAAUACCACCACCACCACCACCACCACCACCACCACCGCCACCAAUACAACUGCAAUCAUCGUCUGUUGAUCACUCUGAUGAAGAUGAUGACGAUGAUGACGAUGAAGGUGAUACUAUGAAUAUGUCAAGUGGUGUUAUGGAGAAAAAUUCGGGAGCAAAACGAGACGAUAGUCGCAGGCGAGCUGCACAUACAGCGGCUGAACAAAAGCGUCGAAAUGCUAUUCGAAAAGGAUAUGAUGCUUUGCAAAGUCUUGUACCUAAUAGUCAUUUACUUGAUCCAAUUAGUUCACAAAAAGUUAGCAAAGCAGCAAUACUUAAACGAUCUACUGAUUAUCUUAUUCAAUUAAAUAAAGAACAACAACAAUUAAACAGUCAAUUAGAUGCUAAAAAAAAAGAAAUAUAUUGUUUACGGGCAGUUCAAAAAACAUAUGAAGACAUUCUUGAAAUGAACAUGAAUUCUAUUAAAAAUGCCAGCAAAGCAAUUGAUGAUGAAGAUAAAUUUAAAGUGUUUCAAAAUAUCGCUGAUGCAAUAUUUGUAAGUUUUGAUCAAGCAAUGCAAUCAGGACAAGUAACAAAUUUUGCUCGAUUCACAUCAACGAUUCUUCGUUGGAUUGAAGAUUCAUGUCGACCAUCGGAUAUUAAUGAUCUUAUUCGUCGAGUUCAUGGAAAUUAG